UCUGGCUUUAACCAAUACAAUACAAUAUUAUAUUCCUCAAAAAUGAAUCUUUUUCAGUUUCUUUCUUGCUUCUGUCUUGCCUCCAUUUUUGCUCCUACAUUUUCCUCUACUGUGUUAUUCCAGGGGUUCAACUGGGAAUCAAGCAAGCAGCAAGGUGGAUGGUAUAACUCCCUCAUUAAUUUGGUCCCUGACUUGGCUAAUGCUGGGAUUACUCAUGUUUGGCUCCCACCACCCUCCGCAUCUGUUGCUCCCCAAGGGUAUAUGCCGUCAAGGCUGUAUGAUCUUGAUGGAUCCAAGUAUGGAAAUAAGCAACAGCUACAAGCUUUGGUGGCGGCGCUUCACGACAAGGGGAUAAAAGCCGUUGCCGACAUAGUCAUCAACCAUAGAUGUGCGGACUAUAAAGACAACCGGGGAAUCUACUGUAUCUUUGAAGGUGGCACGCCCGAUGAUACCCUUGACUGGGGUCCGGGCCUUAUCUGCAAAGACGACACUGAAUACUCCGACGGAACUGGCAAUGCCGACACCGGCGGUGACUUCGGCGGCGCUCCGGAUAUCGACCAUCUUAACCCCAGGGUACAGAAGGAGUUAUCGGAUUGGAUGAAUUGGCUCAAGUCCGAGAUUGGGUUCGACGGCUGGAGAUUCGAUUUCGUGAGGGGAUAUGCUGGUAGCAUUUCCAAGAUUUACAUGGAUAACACUUCGCCGGAGUUCGCCGUCGGUGAGCUGUGGAACGAUAUGGCUUAUGAUUCGGAUGGAAAACCAUCUCAAAACCAGGAUAACCACAGGAAUGAGCUAUCCCAGUGGGUGCAGGAUGCAGGUGGCGCUGCCACCGCUUUUGAUUUCACCACCAAAGGAAUUCUUCAGGUUGCUGUGUUAGGGGAGCUAGGGAGGUUGAAGGAUUCCACCGGAAAGCCAUCGGGAUUGAUCGGAAUUUCACCCAAAAAUGCUGUCACUUUUAUUGAUAACCAUGACACCGGAUCAACACAAAGUUACUGGCCUUUCCCCAAGGAUAGAGUUAUUGAGGGAUAUGCCUACAUUCUCACCCACCCCGGAAUUCCAUCCGUGUUCUAUGAUCAUUUCUUUGAUUGGGGAUUGAAGGAUGAGAUUUCUAAACUGAUUUCAAUCAGAAAUUCUAAUGGGAUUAGUGAAACAAGUGCCAUAGAAAUUUUGGCGGCUGAUGCAGAUCUUUACGUGGCAAAGAUUGAUGGCAAAGUUACAGUGAAGAUUGGACCAAAAGAAGAUGUAGGAAACCUUAUUCCACCUGGUUUGAGCCCCGUAGCGUCUGGACAAGGUUAUGCUGUGUGGGCAUAAAUGUUAACUUUAUAGACCACAUACAAUUAUCCAAAUAAUAUUGUACCAUAAACUUUUAUUUUCUUUGAGAUCAGAAUAAUACAUUAAUUGAUUCAUGUCU